AUGGCCACCUCAACUUACACGGUCACUCAAGCUGAGUUGAGCAAUGCCGAUCAAGGCAUCGAGCUCCGAACGUUUGCUCCUCCUCGGCACUCUCCUGAGAGAAAACUUGGCACUUCAGAGAUCGAAGAGCAGAGACGAGAUUUUGAUGCAUCCAUUCGAGCUGUUGAGGUCAGACAAAAAUGGAAUUCUCCUGGUGGGAACAAGUGGAGAGUGUUCGCGACGUUCUGGUCGUUUUUCAUUGUUGGGAUGAACGACGGUUCCUAUGGUGCCUUGAUCCCACAUCUGGAAACAUAUUACGAUCUCAACUAUACUAUUGUUUCUCUCAUCUUCCUGUCUCCAUUCGCAGGCUACUCGCUAGCGUCAACUCUCAACAACCUCAUCCACGUCCGAUUUGGACAACGGGGCGUUGCUUUCGUAGGGCCAUUGUGUCAUCUGAUCACUUACAUCGUGGUUGCCAUCCAUCCGCCAUACCCUGUCCUAGUGGUGAUGUUCGUCUUCGUCGGAUUCGGCAAUGGACUCAUCGAUGCGGCUUGGUGUGCCUGGCUGGGCAAUAUGGCGAAUGCGAAUGAAGUUCAGGGCUUCCUUCAAGCUUCGUACUCGUUGGGGGCGACAAUAGCGCCGCUCAUCGCUACGGCUUUGAUCGAACAGACUAGCCUGGCAUGGUAUGGGUUCUACUAUAUCAUGAUCACCGGAUCUGCAGUCGAACUCGCUACGUCUUCUUUCACAUUCCGGAAACAGACAGGAGCGGUAUACGAGGCCGAAAACCCACGAGAUCCAGACUCCAAAACCGGUCGGACCCGAGAAGCGCUCAAGUCGAAAAUAACCUGGCUCUUCUGCCUCUUCAUCUUUGGAUACGUCGGCGCAGAAGUCUCCCUGGGCGGCUGGAUCAUAACCUUCAUGUCCAAAGUUCGCAACGCGACGCCCUUUGCGUCUUCGGCAACCUCUACAGCAUUUUGGGGAGGCAUGACCCUCGGCCGUCUCUUCCUCCCCCUCCUCACAUCUCGCCUGGGCGAAUACCCCUCCGUAAUCGCAUACCUAGCUCUUUCCUUCGCCCUCGAACUCAUCUUCUGGCUCGUCCCCUCGCUCGUCGUCUCCGCCGUGGCCGUCGCUCUCCUUGGCGUCUUUAUGAGCCCUAUGUUCCCUACCGCCAUCGUGAUGGUAACGAAGCUGCUGCCCAAGGACCUACACGUGGGAUGCAUUGGGUUCGGGACUGCGUUUGGGGGGAGUGGAGGCGCCAUAUUUCCCUUUAUCGUAGGAGCUAUCGCCCAGAGUAGGGGGGUGAAGACGCUGCAGCCGGUGAUUCUGGCGCUGUUGGUUGCCAUGACUGUUCUGUGGGCGCUGUUACCCAGGCCGAGGGGAAAGGGUCAUGAGAAGGCUAGAGAUGGAGAAUCAACGCCGACGGCACUUAGGGGAGAGACCAUGUGA